CGGUUGGCCGUGCAGCGGGUAAGGCUUCUUGCCUCUCGGAGAAGGGUCUCAGGAGUUGCCCGGGAAGUAAGUUUAGGUGGGUUAAUACUAAGAGGUCCAGCUCCGGGAGGACGGACUCCUGACACAGGUUCUGAGGCCCGGAAAACGACGGCAUGAGUUUUUUUUUUUUUAUAAGUAGAAGCGAUGUGUGUGUCAUCUUGACACCUUUAAAGCCAUUUAAAAGCGUUUCCGUGGCUAGGAAAAUGAAUAACAGAGCAGGUUCCAUUUUAUGGAACCUCAGACAAUUCAGUUCUCUAGUUCCAAGAGGCAGAACUGUGAGGCUGUAUCCUUUGGGAUUUUGCAAACCAAAAAUUGUUCAUUCAAACUGGAACCCAAGAAACCGCUCAAGUAACUUUGAUAAUGGAAUGCAAUCAUCUAUUAGAUAUCUCUUUUUGGAUGCCUUGCUUUUUAAAUCAGGAGGUGAUGGCUUUCAAAGAAAGGGCAUAAACACUGUAACAGGCCUUACAGUUGACAGACUGCUUUGUCGUAGAAGACUGUCCUUUAACUCAGAACACUUUGUUGUCUCUGAUGAUGGAUUGAAGAAAAACCAUCAUGAGGCUUCCAAUGAAGCCUCUCUCACCAAGAGAACAAAACCAACCCCCAUCAACUAUGGAAAACUGACUCAGGAGUGUAAUUCCCUGAGUGAUGUGUUAGAUAUAUUUUCAAAAGCACCUACAUUUCCUAGUAGUAACUAUUUCUCAGCCAUGUGGACAAUUGCCAAACGGUUGUCCGAAGACCAGAAACGCUUUGAAAAACAAUUGAUGUUUAACCACCCUGCAUUUAGCCAGCUGUGUGAACAAAGUAUGAGAGAAGCCAAGAUCAUGCGCUACGACAACCUGCUGUUCAGUCUUCAUGCUAUGGUGAAGCUCGGGAUUCCUCAGAACACGCUACUCGUCCAGACUUUGCUGAGGGUGGUCCAGGAACGUAUCAAUGAGUGUGAUGAGAAACGUCUUUCAGUUUUGUCAACUGUCUUAGAGGCAAUGGAGCCAUGCAAGAAUGUGGAUGUUCUUCGAGCAGGAUUGCGGAUGCUGGUUGAUCAGCAAGUUUGGAAAAUAGACCAUGUCUUCACAUUACAAACUGUAAUGAAAUGUAUUGGAAAAGAUGCACCGAUUGGUCUUAAAAGGAAAUUGGAGAUGAAGGCCUUGAAAGAAUUAGACCGAUUUUCCGUUUUGAAUAGCCAGCACAUGUUUGUGGUACUGGCCGCCAUGAGUCACCGCUCCGUUGUCCUUCUGAAUGAGUGCAGUAAGAUAGUCACAGGUAACAUCCAUGGGUGUCCUUUUAAAAUAUUGAUCAACAUACUGCAGUCUUGCAGAGACCUCCAAUACAUUAAUAUAGAUCUUUUUAAGGGAAUAGCAGAUUAUGUGGCUACAACUUUUGACAUCUGGAAGCUGAAAAAAGUUCUUUUUCUCCUCAUUUUAUUUGAAAACUUUGGCUUUCGACCUGUUGGCUUGAUGGACUUGUUUAUGAAGAAGGUAGCAGAGGAACCUGGCUUCCUAAACGUGAAAAGCCUUGUCUCUGUUCUUAAUGUGUACUCGUCUCUCAAUCACUUCCACAAGUGCUGGACCCACGAGUUCCUAGAAGUUAUGGCUAGUGCUGUGACUGGUAGUCUGCACCACAUCUCUUCUGAAAACCUGUUGAGUGCUGUGUGUUCGUUUUGCUUGAUGAACCAUUUUCCCCUGGCCUCUAUUAAUCAGCUUCUUCAAAAGGACAUCAUCGAUGAGCUGCUGACGUCAGGUGACGUGGAGCGGAAUGUCCACAAGCUUCAUGUUUUGGCUGCUUGUCUAAAACUUGAUGCUCCUUGUCACAAGGACGUAGACUUAGCGCUGCCGCAGCUGCCCUCCACACCAUUACAUCCACCUGCGAAGGUUGCCGCGGUGCUGAGUAGCCUUCUGGGAGAAGGGUGCUUCUCAAAAAGUGUACGGUUGCCACAUAAUUAUUAUAUCGAUUUUGAAAUCAGAAUGGAUGCUAACAGGAGCCAAGUGCUUCCAUUUUCUGAUGUGGAUGUGGUAACUUCUGCUACAGAUAUUCAAAGAGUAGCUGUACUCUGUGUCCCUAGAUCUGCUUACUGUUUGGAUUCAACCCACCCCAGAGGAUUCCUUGCUGUGAAAAUGCGGCAUUUGAAAGUAAUGGGUUUUCAUGUGAUCUUGGUCAAUAGUUGGGAGAUGGAAAAACUAGAGAUGAAGGAUGCAGUCACAGUUUUGAAGACUAAAAUCUAUUCACCUGAAGCACUUUCUACUGCUGAUAUAAAUUUGCAAAGCACGUGUUAAAAUAAAAAGCAACCUUUUAAUGUUAGGAGAUAUACAUUUGUAAAAAUAAUAAAGACUACAAUUCAGUUGUCGAUG